AUGGCUCCCUUAGGUGAAGUUGGGAACUAUUUCGGCGUCCAGGAUGCGGUACCCUUUGGGAACGUCCCCGUCUUGCCGGCUGAUAGCCCCGUGUUGUUAAGCGACCACCUGGGCCAGGCGGAAGCGGGUGGGCUACCCCGGGGCCCUGCGGUGACGGACCUGGAUCACUUAAAAGGGAUCCUGAGGCGGAGGCAGCUCUACUGCAGGACUGGAUUUCAUUUAGAGAUUUUCCCCAAUGGUACGAUCCAAGGAACCAGGCAAGACCACAGCAGAUUUGGUAGGUAUGGGCGAUUUAACCUUCUGGUGGCCGUGGGGCUGACAAUGACAGAAGUUGGGUCCUUUUUUAAAAAACCACAACCAAAUAAAAUAAUAAUAAUAUUUUUUUUUUGGUCGGGAGGAAAUGGGAUGGAGAGUCGAUGCUGAGGAUUAUUGUUGUUGUUGAAACAGCUCGGAAGAGGAAAUGCCUCCGGGAUUUGCAGAUGGCAUGCAAACGGGACACCCCUGCAAGCGUGCAAGUACGAGUUUUUUCACCAAAGAGCCACAAGUCUGGGGAAUAAUAAUAAUAAUUAAAAAAUAUUUUUAAAAGAAUUGCCGCUCCUCUAGGUUUGUGGCUAAGGGGGCAAUAGAGAUGAGCGUAAGGUGUCCUGUCAUAAAUAAGGUUAAUAGAGCCCGUUCUCCCGAUGAGUCAGUAAUGUGCUUCCCAUUUCAAACCCAGUCGCUAUUUUUUCUUAAUAGGGAAGGAUCGCGGCUUCCUAGGGCGAAUGAAGUGCCUCGCACUCUUCCUCCACCUCAACCUUAAUACCUGCCUCCGUAGAUAGGUCUGGAUUGCUCCCCCCCAGGAUCCCGCCCCUUUAUCCUGCCCCCAUCACCGUGAGGGAUCCCCCUACAGUGAGUGGCUCUUGCCGAGAGAGCUCUCUGCGAAUAGCCCCCGCUGCUGUAGGUGCCUGCAUCAUAAGCCCAGAUCUCUUGGUCAUUAAAGAAGGCAUUCCCUCGCCUCUGUCCCUCUGCUGUGCGCCCACAUGCUUGAGCGCAGGUAUCCAAUGGGAGCUCCACGCCUGCAGGCGCAGACUUCCUUUCAGAGUUAUGGGGGGGGGGGAAAGGUGUGUGUUAGAAUCGCAGAACCGUAGAGUUGGACGGGACCCCGGGGGUCAUCUAGUCCAACCCCCUGCAAUGCAGGAAUCUUUUGCCCAACGUGGGUCUCGAACCCACGACCCUGAGACUUAAGAGUCUCGUGUUCUGCCGAUUUCAUUACCAAGGGCUCCUAUUUGUGACUCAGCAGUAUAGAGGGGCGUCGGAGGACUUCACGUGGUAUUUCCGAUGCUGUGGCCACACGCAAGUGGGCCUUCUCAGAGUAGCUUCAAAAUGCCACUGAGUUCUUACAACGGGCUGGCGCUGGCCUGAUUUAUUUUUAUUUAAAAAAAAAAAAUCUGGAAUUUUUUUGAAGGGGGUUUGGGUGGUAAAAUAAUGCCACUUUGGGGGGUAAGGCUGGCUCCAGCGGCUGUUGGAAGGAGUUAACUUGUGAGUGAAUCCACCUGACAGCACUUAAAACCAGGUCGUAAAAACAAAGCAAAAAACAAAAGAAAAAGAAAAGGUCCCGUGGUGCUUCUCCCCCCUUCCUUCUCCACCGCCAUGCUUGAAUGCCAGAUGUUGAACAAGCUCUAAACUGUGUUCCUUUUAUUGCUGUCGAGAGCCGGGGAGAUAAUACCGGGGCUCGCGAGGAAGCGAUGCGCUUCACAGGGGUCACUGGAGAUUCGAACCGGUCGUUACGUGCAAAGUCAUCCGGUGUCACCCUUCGUUCGCCAGAGGCUAAGGGGGUCCCAAGCGGGUGCUAGCUAGUCCUACUCAGGUUACAAUGAAUGGCCCUCAUGUGCAUGAAGUUCAGUAGGUCUACUCUCGGUAGGGUUAGUAUUGCCAGCAUCUUUUUUUCCGUUCUCUGCGUUGCAAUAUGCGGCACACGUUCCCUUUUCAGGCCUGGGCGCCGUUUUCUCUUAGGAACACAUGCACCUCAAAACGAGAAUAGUUCUUGAAUGCAGUUGAAGGGAAAGGAGGGCGAAAGUCUGCGAAGAAUUCCAGCGCUAGGCAUGUAAUCUUGAGGGCUGCGGGCGCAAAGCAGCAGAGAUCUCCUCGGCAGCUCUCAAAUGGAGAAAGAAAGUUGAGGGAUUAUGCAGAAGUUGGCUUUGCGCUUCUGUAGAUAUGCGUCUAUGCAGACGCACGCCCCUUUUGCUCCGGGGUGGUUCUGCACGCCAGCAGCAGCAGAGGCGAGAUCUGGUGCAGGGAUGUGCAUGCGCGCUCAAGGACGGGGCUGCAGUCUUUACGGUACGCUGGCUGGUGCGAGAUCAAAAGCAGGAAGCUCUGGUGCGUUAAGAGGCGAGAUUUGCACGCUGUGCUGGAGCCCAGCGGCAGCCCGCGGGCUCACGCCGCUAGCAGGUGUACGGCGGCCGAGCUGGCGCUCCUGCUACCGCGCGCAUUGGCCUUGGCAGCAGCAGGAGGGCACUGCAGGGUCCUACACCCCGCCGCUUCCUCUCCUCCCAGCCGCUCGCCUGAGCUGGGCCAUCACACCAGCUGCUGCUGCUGCUGCUGCUCUGCAGAGCUGCAGAAGACCCGCGUUAGGGGGAGGCGGCUCAUUUUACAUGCGAAAAGGUGGAUUUCCCGAUACGGUGCGCCGAGAAGAGAUGCAGUGCAGUAACAACUAUGUCCUUGUAGUUAAGAUUCCUUAAUAUUCUCAUUAUCUGUUGGAAGAUUGUUGCUCUUUAAAUUAAGGUGAUUCUAAAUAAUAAUAAUAAUAAUAAUAAUAAUAAUACCACAGGCUGCUACUGAUUUAAGGGGUGGAGAAUGGAGGGAUCAUUGUCUAGGUCUGCAGUCAGCAACCUGGGUGCCUUCCAGGUAUUUUAGAGAAUUCUCAUCAGCCUCAGCUCCCAUCAGCCCCCAGUUGAUAGUACAAAAUACCUGGAGGGCACCAGUUUGGCAAAGGCUGGUCUAGGGUGGCCAAGUGCAAAAAAGGACAGUGCCUGUACUUGUUAAUAGUUUGUGGGGUUUUUAAAAAUUAUUAUUAUUAAAAAAUGUGUUUUGGUAGAGUGCAGCUUAUUGUGCAGGGAUGGUGAACUGGCUCCUCCUCCUCCUGUGCAACAGAAGUUCAGGGGAAUUUGUCCUCAUUUGUGUCUGGUUGCCCCAUAUAGAACUGUUCUGCCACUUACUUGGAAAGGCUAUGUGUAGUGGACAACUAAAAAACCUCUGUGAUCUCAUGGCGCUUAAUGUGGUGGGAUCCUUACACCAUCUGUUCAGCUGCAGCUCUCCCUGCGAGGCAAUGACUAUUGGAUCUAGGGCCGAAUGGGAAGGAGAGGCAAGAUGGUUUAGAUAUUGUGAGAAUUCUAGUCUGUAGCUAAAGUUGCAAACCUCCCGUAUGUGCCCUGUAUUUGGGCACUGAUUUCCCUGGGAGCUAACUUCUGGGUAACUCUGGCUCAAGCUGCAGGGCCCCACAACCGGCUUUUAUGUCAAGCUGUUCUAAGGGACUCUUGGUUUCAGGCAUGCAUUAUUCCGUUAACAGAAUGCUGAAUGCAGUGUGGAUAGAAACUUCUCCUGCUUACAUCCAUAGGGACAUCAAGAGGUCAGGCCACAGUCAUGGACAAUAAGGCUAUCAACGGCCACUAGCCAUGAUGGCUUUGUUCUGUCUCCACUAUGCAAGGCAGUUUGCCCCUGUAUACCAACCAGUUCAGCACAAGUAGGGAGAGUGCUGCAGCCACUGCUUGUGGGUUUUAUGUAGACAUCUACUGGCCACAGUGAAAGCAGGAUGCUAGACCAAGUUUGCGACUGGCCUGAUCCAGGUUCUUAAACUACAACAUUUCCCAGUAUGUCACAUGCAGAAAGCAAGCAGCUGCAAAUGGAUCAAACAACCCAGCCAAAUCCAUAUUCUAUAAAAUAAAUUAGCCUUUGGAAUCUUCUGAACAGGUUUCAUUGCAGAUCUUGAGAAACCAAGGUCAGAAAAGUCCUUUCCAUAAUAAGCUUGGCCCUUAUACUAUCCUUGAACCAUUUCAGCUGGUUUAAGUUCUGUACAGAAUGCAAAAUUAACGCAGCGCCUGCUUAGGUAAGGCUUACAGUAUAUAUAAAAGGUGGAGAGAGGACUCAAAAAAGGAUUGGCUUUUUAUGAUGGUGGUGGGUUAACUGGGAGCAGGCAGGGCAGACAGGUGACCCCAAAAUAUACUGCAGCCUACCCAAUCCUAAAAAUAUUGACUUGACAUUAGUCCAAGUCUAGUACAUUUCAGUGUACUUCCUAUUGGAUUACUUUUUAUCUUGAGAAGUAAUUCCUGUUGAACUACUUGUAUCUUGGCAUCAACAUAAGAUGGUAAAACUCUAAAGUAAUUAUGUUCUAGUUUGCCCUAGAGAAUGCUGGGAAUUACAGUUAUGUUGUGUGCCAAGAGAAGUAUGGGCACAUCUUGGCUCCCUCACCACUGCAGCAUCCUUACAAUUCCCAGGUUUGUUUGUUUUUUAUUAUUCAAGUUGUCAGUUAUUUUUAAACCAAACUUCAUAAUGCAUGUGUCCAUGUGUCCUUGCAUUCCUGUGCGUUUCCAGAACCAGCCCCAGGGACUUGUAUUUCGGGAGUUGCCCAAAGGCCCCAGCUAAUAUAGCUGCCCAACAGCAGUGCAUUUCCGCAACUCAAGGCUACUCAGAAAGUAAGCUCCAUUGAGUUAAAGGUCACUGACUCCCAAGCCAGCAGCUACAGGAUUGCAACCCUCCUUUCCAAUCCGAAUUUAGCUGGGUAGCUUUUGGUUCCAGAAUAAGAGGAGGCUUCUCCAUGCAUCUGAGUAUUUGUGGGUGGGCGGGGUUUUAAAAGUCAUGCUCGGAAAUAGGACCCAGGGACCCAGUUUCCUGCUUUGGCUAUGCACCCCGCCCCCCACUUCUCAGAAGAAACCUUAGACGGGAAGCCUAUUUUAGACACGUGCCAGGGACAAGUCAUAAAUCAAGCUGCACCGGCUCAGGGACCCGUGAUACUUUUACCAUUUUAACGUCUUCCUUUAAAUGCAAGCUCUUUUACGAGAUCCAGUGUGGAACGCGAUCCCCGCGGGAUCAAAGCGGAUGCUAUCUCUCGGGGGAAUGUCGGAAUUUAUUGGGGAUUUUUUUGGGGUGGUGGGUUUUUUUUUUUUUUUGCGUGUGCCUUUGGUGUAGGUAGGACAUUGACGGUGCAAUAUUGGUAAACUUAAGGAAUUUUGUACCGGGGAUGGGGGAAGGUAGCGUUGCUCUUGCGUCAGCACAACCACUGCAUGAGAGGGAGAAAAAUCCCACCCUUCGAGAGAGAGAGCGAGCUCUGCUAAGGAGUCAUGCUAGUCAACCCUCGUCCGGGUUCCGGCCAGAUCCGCUCCCAGCAGAGAAGCAACCGGCAGCACCGGACGAUCCCGCCCCCGCCCUCCGGCUAGUUGGAUUCACACGCACUCGCGGUCCGCUCAGCAGCAGCAGCGUUAGUUUUCGCCCAGGGGAAGCGUGGGCGGGGCUUUCGCACGUGCUUAUGCGCGUCACGGACCCGCUAUAAACGAUCGCUUUCCCAUUAUUUUAAAUGGAACGGUGCAUAGAUCCCCGGCGGAGCGCAGGCGUCUCCGCUCCCCAGGUGUCGUCACGCGCCGGCAGCUGCGUGUCCUCGAGCGACAUGCUGCUGCAGAGGGUCCUUGCAGCGCCCGCUUGCAGUGCACCUGACGAGUCUCGGGGCUGCAAUCCGGAGGCACGCUGAGCUGCGGAGCAAGCCCUGCUUUCCAGUUCAUUUAUAUAUAGGAUGGGAUCCGGCUGCUGCAGCGGAAUACUCCCUCCCCCCCCCCCACUUCCCCGGGCUGGGCGCCGCUGCCGUAAAAAAUCCUGUGUUGCUGCUGCUGCUGCAGAGAAUGACUCGGAUAAGCAAGAGGAGCGGGACCUGCAGUACUAAAGCAGCUUCUUCGGGCGCAUCCUGCGGAGAAAGGAGGGCGACCCCCCCUUCCUUUGUCCAGCACCUCCUGCUCCCCCACCUGGCCGAGGCCUCUGGAAAAAUGCAAGGGGUAAAAUGUAGCAGCCUUAGGACCCGGGAGGGUGAAGGCAGGCAAGCCCCUCCCUCUGGGGAAUGACCCCGCUUCAUUGCACAAUGUCAUUGCAAUCUUUAAAACCGAUUUCUGCCUUCUCCUUUCUCACCGCCCCCCAACGCCCUUCUCCUUAGUGGGUAGGAGUGAAAAUGCAGCUUGCACUCUUCUUCUGUUGGUGCUCCCCCCCCCCCCACAGUGGCUGGGGCAACCCAGGCAGAUGAGUGGGGUGCAGAUAAUAAGACUGUUGUUAAACUUUUAGCCUGCUCUACCUUGCAAGGUGUUUGGGAGUAGCUUGCACAAUUCCUUUUUUAAGGACUUGUGAGGUCAGUUAAACUGAGUGAGGCCCAAGGUCACCCAGUCAGCUUUGUAGCUGAGGGAAGAGUAUUUGAAUCCAGGUCUCCUAGUCCAGGAAUACCAGCCACUGCACAAUGCCAUCAGAGGCUUUCUUUGAUUCUUUACACCAGGGUUGGAGAAACCUGCAGCCCGCCAGAUGGUGUUGGACUACAACUCCCAUCAGCCCCUGUCAGCAUGGGCAGUGGCCAGGAAUUAUGGUGACAGUAGUCCAGCAACAUUUGAAGGGCUACAAGUCCCCUACCCUGCUGUACAUGGUUUUCAGUUUUCAACAUUUAUAGAGCGCUUGCUUUUCAGAGCUCUUCUUUAGCACAACCAACCUUACAAGGUAGGUUAUUAAUUCCCAGUUUUAUGGGUGGCGUGUCCACUUAUAAAAUUGGCAAGCUGGAACAUUGCAGAAGAGGGUGGCCAAGAUGGUAAAGGGUCUGGAAACCAAGCCCUGUGAGGAACGGUUGAGGGAGAUGGUUGUGUUUAGCUGGGAGAAGAGGGGACUGAGAGGAGAUACAAUAGCCAUCCUCAAAGGUCUAAAGGCUGUCACAUGGAGGAUGAAGCAAGCUUGUUUUCUGCUUCUCAGGAGGGUAGGACCCAAACCAAAGUUACAAGAAAAGAGAUUCCGACUAAACAUCAGCAAGAACUUUCUGACAGAUGUUCAACAGUGGAGCAGACUCCAAAGAGAGGUGAUGGACUCGCCUUCCUUGGAGGUUGAUAAGCAGAGGUCAUGCAUGAUCCAGUUGAGAUUCCUGCAUGGCUGAAGGUUGGACUAGAUGACCGUGGGGGUACCCUCCAACUCUGCAAUUCUAUAGUUCAGUCUAACAUUUUAGCCUCUAAGCUUUAAACUCAUUGUGGCAAAAUGCUGCUAAGCCAGACCGUUUCCUCUCCCAAGUCUUUUUAGUGUAGCCUUACACCCAGGAACUUUGAAUGGGACUGAGUAUGUCUGAAAGGACAAAGAGAAAUGUCUACUCUACCUAUUUUGCUUUAACAAACUAGAUGAACAGAUGUUUCUGGAAUCCCAUCAGCUCUGGCCAAUAUGGCCUGUGGCAAGGGACGAUGAGAGUUAUAUUCCAAUAGGCUCCUGAGGGCUACAGGUCCCUCCACCCCUGCUCUAGAGGAACCCUGUAGGCAGAUGGAGCAGACUCAGUAGGUUUAGCUCUUAAGCGCAGUGCUUUGCUUCCACUCAACUGAUGGCUGCCAUUCUGCUGCCUCCUCUGGGGAAAGCACUGCAUACAAGGGCACUGGUGCAGCAAAAGCAGAAUCUGCCUUCCACCUCUGGUCCUGAGUCUGUACUAGGUGCUGGGUCCAUGUUCAAUAUGUGAGGUCCAAUGUGGAAGUGUUGGAAGUUUCACAGGGUGACCUUGGGCAAGGCAUGUUCUCUUACACCAGGCUUCAUCAAACUCGGCCCUCCGGAUGUUUUGAGACUACAAUUCCCAUCAACCUUGGCCACUGGUCCUGCUAGCUAGGGAUCAUGGGAGUUGUAGGCCAAAAACAUCUGGAGGGCCGAGUUUGAGGAAGCCUGUCUUUACACUAACCUACCUCCUAGAGUGGUUGUGAGGAUCAAAGGGGUGAGCAGCAUGUAAUGUCGCCUUGAUCUCUCUGGAGGAAUGGGGCCAUAUUUGCCCCAUUCAAACUGUCCCUGUAUAUAUAUUUAUAUAUGCACACACCUCUGCUUGCUCUGAUGAUGACCAAAACUUGGCACUUGUGUGUAUAGCGCUUGUGCUUUUCUGUAGCGCUACAGUUUUCUUUAAUAAAAGGUGCCAGCUAACUUUCAAAGCCUCGUGCUGUUCUGGAAUAGGAGCCAGCCCUUUGGAAAGAGGGGGCGAUUGGCAAUUAUAUAUCCUGUUAGCUUCAGGGAGAGUUUGCCGUACCUGCGUUUUCCAGGCAAAAAUCCCUGGACGGGAGAGAACUCAUUCUAUAUGAUGACAAGGGAAAGUGAUGCAAAAGCCCACACCUGCACAAUGUCCUUCUCCUGCAGUCUGUGACCUUCCAUGCGUAGCUUGUGACUCCAGCUCCGUUUGCACGUAGGUGAUGAUGCAGCAGCGACAGCCUCCUUGCAAAGGCUGGGAGGGAAAGCUGAGUCCUGCUGCUGCAGAUGAAUUGCAGUAGCUGUUCAUAGGUGGUGGGCAGGCACUCUUAAUUUAAGUCUUUAGAAAGUGCCUCCUGUGGCUGGUAAGACAAAAUAGGAUCACAGCCAUCACUGGCAGGAUAUUUUUGUUCCAGCAAGCUGGGGAUGCCCAGUUAUGAUUUUUCUAAAUUUGGGCAGCACAGGUUGGCCAUUGAACAAAUACUUUUUUGAGUCUGUGCACAAACUAAUAAAUUUUAUUAUAUAAGAUUUGGUGGACUAAUGCCCACUGCGCCAUAUGCAUGUGUUAAGAGCUUGUGUUUUAUUCUGUUUUUAUUGUGUGCACUACUUUGAUGAUUUUAUGUUGUGAAGCGGUCCAUUAAUUUUAAUUACACCACCAUCAGUAGGGGUGGAAGGGGCCCAUGACUUGUAACUUCAGUCCUUUUUACUCCUUGCUGAACUGACCUUGCUAGAGUACUCAUUGGUUUGUGAUUUCUGUAAUUUGAAGUUACAGAGAAUGCUUUUGAAUUUCAGCUUAUCUGGGCUUAUGGCAACGUGUCAACAGGGCCGAUGAUCUUCUGAUUUUGCAUAUUAAGUGCAUGUGCAUAUGCAAAGUGAGGCCUAAUGGAUUUAAUAGUAUAUAUCCAGGAUGCAAAUUCUGUCCCCUUGUUCUUCAUCAACUCAGGCUUCUUGCUGCUUUUACUAUUUUUUAUUCUAUUCAAUUAUUCCUAUUUAUACUAUUUCUAUAGCAAUAGGAUUUUGGUUUUUUUAAAAUAAUGGCAACAGAUGACCUUUCAACCUGAUGAGAACCCAGGGCCCAAGAUUCCCUUGCACCUAUUGCACCCCCUAGAAAAUCAGCCUGAGGCUCAAAGUUAACUUACAACAGCAUUCUAACAUUCAAAGGUGUGUGUGGAUGUUAAUUAGACAAUGGAAGCUUGUAUUGAGGUGUUAUAGCUCAUCCCAUUCUCCAAACUUAUGUCAAAUAACAAAAUAAAAACAGCAUACCAAAGUAUUAUAUUGAAACCAAAUAAUACUAUUCAUGUGCAUUCGGUUGGAAAUGAUUUCCCCUGCCUUCAGUCAGGCUUAUUCCUUAUGAGCAUGUUUAGGACAGCAACCUAACUCAGAUUUGCAUCCCAGCUAUUAAGCCAAAUGAACUCAGUGGGACUGCCACUUGCUUCCUAGUAAGUUACUUUAGGGUUGCAGCCUUUAAAAAUACCAAAAAGCCCUCCUCUCCGAUCUUUGCUGGCUUUGCUUUGAGCCCGUUGCCAAAGCCAACCCAAACAGAAGAGCUUCUAAGAGAUACUUUCGUGCAUUUCUAAAGGACCAGCCACCAAGAACACCUUGGUUUGAAGCAGGCUCGAUAGUAUUGCUACGAAGGCUCCCUUGAACUUAAGAAUUGCAGUGGGAUGCAGAUUGCAAUGUCGAUCUGCCAAGAAAUCCCACCAUGCUCGUGGCUAACCUCCCCCAUGCAUGGGGUGUGUGUGUUGUGGUGACAUGCAUUUUCUUUCUCUGCUUGGCUUGUAGAAGAAUUAGUGGAUGGCACAGUAGCUUUAGCUCCAAGGCAGCAGGUUGGAUCCAGCAAAGUUAUAUCCAACUAAGCAAGUCAAUGUUAGUUAAUUUCAGUGGGUUUCUUUUAGUGCAAAUGGAGCCAGUGAUAAUGGCUCCAUACCACAGUGUGUGUUGGUUUCCCUCUCCAUCGGGCUUUUCACUUCCAUCACAGGUGAUGUGGGUGGCGCUGCGGUCUAAACCACUGAGCCUCUUGGGCUUGCCAAUCAGAAGGUCGGCGGUUCGAACCCCCACGAUGGGGUGACCUCCCAUUGCUCUGUCCCAGCUCCCACCAGCCUAGCAGUUCGAAAGCAUUCCAGUGCAAGGAGAUAAAUAGGUACUGCUCCGGCGGGAAGGUAAACGGCGUUUCCGUGCGCUCUGGUUUCCAUCAUGGUAUUCCGUUGCUCCAGAAGCAGUUUAGUCAUGCUGGCCACAUGACCCAGAAAGCUGUCUGUGGACAAACCCUGGCUCCCUCGGCCUGAAAGCGAGAUGAGCACCACACCCCAUAGUCGCCUUUGACUGGACUUAACCGUCCAGGGGUCCUUUACCUUUACCUUUUUACUUCAGUGUUGCAUUUGAACAGUUGCACUGGUGUAUCUAGCAGUGUGAAAACACAGGAGGGGCUUCCACCAUAACCAUAUUUGUAAAUAUCUCCUCAAGGCCAUUAUUCCCACCAAAUGCCCUGAAAGUAGGUCUCCAGCCCCUUAUGCCACCCCAAUACUACAAAAAACAAAACUUGAAGGUUCAUUUCUUGGCCCCCCCCCCCCCGCUAGUCACUGCAGGAACUGUCGAGAGAGAAAUAGGUAAUAUCAACAAAAAAUAGUCCCCCACCCCAAAUAAUACAAAAUUAGGAAUUUGGCAGAAGGAAACACUCCCCCUCAACAGUGCAUGGUGAAAUUAUGGAAUUUUCUCCUGUAAUGACGGCCACUGACUUUCAUGUCUUCAAAAGGGGAUUAAACAUAUUUGUGGGGCAUAAGGCUAGGGCUUCCCCCCCCCCAGCUGGAACUCACUGGAACUUAGUUUGGGCACCUCUCAGGUGGGCACCAUUGCCAUUUUAAGAGAACGAGGGAGGUGUUUGUGGUGAGAUUCUGGCAUUUCUUUUUCCAGAAAAGUAGCACUGGAUAUGGCUACCCAUGGCUCACAGACAAUGUCCAAAGUGCACUGUACAUUUAAAGCACUCAUACAUCACUUUUAACAGCCCCCCCCCCCAAGAAUCCUGGGAACUGUGGUUUGUUAAAAGUGCUGAGAGUUGUUAGGUAAAUCCUCACAAAGCUACAGUUACCAGAAUCCUUCACAAACUGCAGUUUCCAGGCUUCUUUGGGGGAAGCCAUGACCGUUAAAGUCAUAUCUGAGUUCUUUAAAUGCAUGAUGUGGGUGUGAGUUGCUAGAGCAGAGAGGGCUCAUGCCUUCAUGCCCCACUGUAGGCUUCCCAGAAGUAUUUUAUUGACUAGAUAAGCCUUUAAUCUGGUCCAGCAGAGCUCUUCUUAUGUGCAUUUUGCAAGCUUUUUAAUUCUCGGUAUGUAUCCAGUCCCAUAAACAUUGCUGCCUCUUAUACUCAGCCUAAAUAAAAUGUGUUCCUUUUUUAUUCAUUGCAUUCAUACCCCACCUUUCCAAGGAGCUCGAGUUGUAGUACGUGGUUCUCCCCCUCUCCCUUUAAUCCCCACAACGACCCUAUGAGGUAGGUUAGGCGAGCUUCAUGGCUGAGUGGGGAUUUGAACUCUGGUUUCCCAGGUCCUACAUACAUUUUUGUGCAGCUCUGCACGUAACAUCUCUCAGUAAGUUAUUUGUUUCCUAUUCCUCGCUGGAGCUCAUCUGAGACUGAGCCAGCUGAGAUGUUUUGUUAGUUCUGUCCUGAGCCGCCAGCAGCUCUUGCAUCUCACAGUGCACCUUGUAGCUCCAGGAGGUAUGGAGGCACCCGGGAAUGGCUGCUGAGUCAGCACUUAGCAUCACUAAGUGGAUUUGAUAGUUUUGGUACUUGGGUACUCGCCUAGGAGCUUGCUCUAGGUGAGCGGGCAAGUGGCAAACUGCAAUUCUGCCCUUGUUUCCCCCUAAACACCGGUAAUCUACAGCCAUAGAAGGUGUGCACACAACAAAUUUAAAGCACAUGAUGUUCCCCUAAGAAAUAUUGGGAACUGUAGUUUGGCCCUCAGAGUGCUGCAGUUCCCAGCACCCUUAACAAAUCACAGUUCCUAGGAUUACCGUAGUUUGGCCCACUUUUAAGUGUGCUUUAACUGUAGUGUGUGAAUUUAACCAUAGUCGAGUCAUCUGUAGAAGCACUUUCUCUCUUUGCUGAGUGUGCAGCUGUUUCACUGGGAUUUAAACUACAGCUGUUCCUUUUCCUCCGCCCCCCUUCUGAUGAGGGGCUGUUCCAUAUUGCCUUGUAUUGAGUGACGGCCCAUGGAAGACGCCGCCUGUGAAAAAGGAACUUUACCUCUGCUUGAAGGGGCUCUGCUUGAGAAUUGUUUUCUUGACUCCCUUUGAAAUGUCCUGGGGAAAUUGAAGCCUAUUAAACUCCAGAUUGCAACUGGUCAAAUGGAAAGCCUAGAAGGGGUCCAGCAGUGAAUGGCCAGUGUGAGUACUUGCAUGUCUGGUUAGAGAACAUUAAAUAAGUUGGAGUUCUUGUUAUGGUGUGCUUUUUUCUUGGUUAGAGAACAUGGGCAGCCUAAUGACCCAUUCCUGAAUCUCUUGCCACCUGAUGUAUGGGAAAUGACUGUUCAGCAACGUGAUUACAAUAUUUCUUGCAGCAGCAUACAAGGCCUAAAGAUUGUACAACAAUCCAGCGCAGUGUUGCAAACCAUGAUAUGGCUGUAUGCACCCCAGUAUCUGAGGAAAAUUAGAGAUUUUGGGGUGCCAGCACAUACUUUGGCUGGCGUUUUCCUAGAAUGAAGGUCACCAAAGACUGCAGUGUUUUUUAUUUACAUCUGUUUAUGUAUAAAAGUACAUACCACCCUCUCAUAAAAUAUCAGAGCAGGGUACAGUGAUAUAAAACCACAAAAGCAGUAUGCUUAUAUAUACAGGGGUACCUCGGGUUACAGACGCUUCAGGUUACAGACACUUCAGGUUACAGACUCCGCUAACCCAGAAAUAGUACCUCGGGUUAAGAACUUUGCUUCAGGAUGAGAACAGAAAUCGUGCUCCGGCAGCGCAGCAGCAGCAGGAGGAGGCCCCAUUAACUAAAGUGGUACCCCAGGUUAAGAACAGUUUCAGAUUAAGAACGGACCUCCGGAAUGAAUUAAGUUCUUAACCUGAGGUACCACUGUAUAAAUAUCGGAAAGAACUUUCUUACGCUAAGAGCUGUUCCACAGUGGAACUGUUUCCCUCAGAAGGUGGUGGACUCUCCUUCCUUGGAGGUUUCUAAAGCAGAGGUUGGAUGAACUCUGCCAUCCAUGGAUGACUUCAUUCAGAUUUCUGCAUUGCAAGGGGUUGGACUAGAUGACGCUUGGGGUCCCUUCCAACUCUGCGAUUCUAUGAUACCACACACACACACACACACACACACACACACAGGCUGAGCAUAUUAUGGAAGAGCUCCAACAGUUUUUUUGGGGUGGUGGGGAUGGUAAAGCCAGAGUGUUGAAUUCAGCUCAGAGAACACGACAAGGCCCCUUUAUCUUUUCUGGGAGCAUGGCAGCUGCUAGUUUGUAUGGCAACCUUUACCCUUCGGUUCUGCAAAGAGUUGCUUAGCAGACUUGGCAAGAGCCAUUGCCAAAGAGGCUUGUUUGAUGGCUUGUUUGACUGCUUAAGCAGUCUCUCUGUCUACAGAAUGCCAUCUUCCAGAUAUAAAGCCACAGGCUGGGAGUGGCUCCAAAGACGACAUACAAACAAGCCCUGCCAAUCCUAUAACAACAUUACCCUGGAGCUGUAACUAUCAGGGUCAUAUGCAGCAGUGCGUACUAGUUCGGGUUUGAAAGCAAUUAGGGGAAAUGAACGAAAUCCUGCAAAGUGCAAUGGGUUGGCCAGUUGGCUAGUUGAUAGCAUGUUAGGAAUGUCAUUGUGUAUGGCGUAUGCCUUGUCACUUUGGCUCUAGUGGCAAAGUUAUGCUUGAUCUUUGCAAAUGAAAGAUUAUCCCGGAUUGCAUGUUUACAAGGCUUUGAAUGUUAAAGGAUUUGGAGAGGCAGGAUACAAACCUUAGCAGUCCGUGAAGUUAGCAUAUGAUUCAGCCCUUGGAGCAGAGGUUUUCAGCCUUUUUGAGUCCAUGGCUCCCUUGAACAACAGCAUUCUUUCUGCAGCACCCCUGUGGGGCUCAGGAACCUAGUUAUGUCACCACUUGCCUGCAGACCUGGCAGCACCUCACCCCUUUUCGAACACCCUCCCUUAUGAAGUGUUCCCUCAGCCUCCUCUCCCCUCUCCUUGAGAGUCCUCUGGGCAGCCGCUGCUGCCACCCCUGGUCUCAGAGCUGCCCCCCAUGCCCGAAAUAGAGGUGCCUCCUCACACUGCCCCUGGGACUUGUCUGUCCAUUCCCAACAACAAGGGCUGGUGGACUGGCUGGCUAGGCUCCCUUGCCUGCUUGCUUGCUUACUCCGAGGCUGCCUCAGCUCCUGGCACCCAGCACCCCCUGACCAGCCCCAGAGGAACCAUUCGCCUGGGGAGCUUGUAGCCAGGGCUGCUGCAACAAACAGCUGUGCAAGCCUUUGGGAGGCAGAGAUGCCAGAGGGCAUCAGAGGAGGGAGGGAAGGAAAGAGGGACAGAGGACAGUGUUGCCUGGCACCCCUGACCGUCAUGCAAGGCACCCGAAGGUGCCAUGGCACACUGGUUGAAAACUACUGCCAUAGACUGUAUGUGCUACUAUUAACUGAAUGAGCACAUUAUUUAUAUCCUGGAAACAUUCAAAAGUGCCUCGAAUUAAACAAUACAUCUGCUGACUUGGCAAAACUCAUAUUAUGGACAGUUGGCAUGCAUCAUCCAGAGUGAUUUGUGCUUUGAUUUACCAUAUAGAGUUCAGAUGUGUCUCUGGAUAGUUUUCCUUAAGGGAGUGUGCCGAGCAAAGAGUAAAAAAACUGAAGCAUUUCCUAUUUCAAUAUGUAAACUUUGUUGUUUGUGGGUUUCACAGACUUCUCAAGAACAGAGACACAACCGACUUGAAAAAAUCAGCUACAGGGCUAGCAGCGUUUUACUUUCAGGUGGUCAGUAGUGUGUGACCCGGCCAUCUGAAAUUGGAGUAGCAAUUUCACUCCCAAUUUACUUUUACACCAGAAUGAAAGAUACCAGGUUUAUAAACCCAGAGCCUACAAUAUUGGACAAUAGGCACAUAACCUAAGAAUUGGCCUCUCUUAAAAUUGCUUGGUGGUUAUAUGUACACAGGGGUAACUUGAUAGUUUGGUGAAAGUUUUACAGUUUUACAAGAUUUGGAGCCCUGAUUAUGUAGCUCUGAACAUGGUGAAAGCUUUCCAAUGGGCUGUUUGUAUCAGAUAUUGUACUAGAAGUAUUGCACCUAGCAGAAGAAUGCUGAUUAUUUUGUUUUGUUUUAUUACUUAGUAAGAAUGCAAACAAUUUAAAAUGGGGAGAUUGCCUUUUACUAAGCUGGAGUUAUCAAUGCAGUGAUGAGUAAAAUAUACAGCAAUAAUCAAUAGUGUUCUCUUAAACUAGUAAGUGGGUCACAAAGCCUGUGCAAGUGGGCUUUGGACUUUAUAAAUAAACUCAAGAUAAUUAUUUCUUGCAAUCCUUAACUGGCAUGAUGAAUAUCUCUUACAACUUUUUGUAUAGUUGGCUUGUUAUAAUGCUGUCUUGACACUUGUUGCACUAAAUCAGUGAAUUUUUGACUUCUGGGCCACCAUAUUAAAAAGUUUGGGAACCACUGCCUUAGAGAAAGGUACAGCAGUACUCAUCAUUGCAAUCUUGGUUACAAAACUAUCUCUUGGCUUCUACCUGUUGUUGAUAGAUCUAUGCUGCUGAGGCUGCUACUGCUAUUGCUCCUUUGUGAAAGAUGCAAAAUGAAUCGCUCCAUAAUCUGUGUAACAGCUUUUCUGUUGGUCACUACCCCCCCCCACCUUUGUCUUCCUCAUAUAUUGCUUUCAUUGGAAUACCCUUUCAGAUUUCUGCCUGUUACCAUUCCAUCUUUCUCCUUUGGCUUUCCAUUUUUACAACCACACUCUUUCUCUGUUCUUCUCUAACUCAUCUCUUGCCUUGUUUUGAAAAUAGAUUUUGACCUGGUGGCCUCGGUCCUUUGUACAACAUUCUGUCAAGUUUUAGUUGAGCUUUAAACAUUUCAAUAAUAAACAAACAAACAAACAAACAUAAAUGUAAUGUGACGUGCAAGAAUUGUCUGGGUAACAUUUUUGGAGGAGGGUUUAAAGGAGGAUGGUAAAGAGGCCACAUUCACUGGUUCACAGAUAUUCCUGGUAGGACCAUGGCCUGAACAAAAACUGGCAUUGGGUCAAUCUGUCUGAGAAACAUCAAUUUUCUCUAUUCCAUUCUUUCCCUCCAACUUCUGAGUUCCUCUUCCACCUAUAGGGAAGGGCUGUAGCUCAGUGACAGAGCAGCUGAGUGCAGAAAAGUUGCAGGUUCAGUCCCUGGUAUUUUUAGGGCUGGGAGUGUCCCCAGUCUGGAACCCUGGACAGCCACUGCCUGUCAGUUUGAUGUUACUAAGUUAGAUGGACCAAUGAUCUUGACUCAAUAUAAAGCAAGUUCCUAUGUUCAUUCCUGAAGGCAAGGAUAGAGCCGCGGAGAGAAACUGGUGGACUUCUGGUUAUUUUGGGCUCUUAAUUUUCAUCAGCCAAAGUCAACAUGGACAGUGGUUGGGGAUUAUCUGAGUUGGAGUCCAACAUCUGGAGGGACACAGGUUCCCCAUGUUUGCCAUACCAUGUGAGCAGCGUUUGAAAUUCGCCAGGUGGCAGGCACAUUUUGCACCUGGCUAUUGACCACUUGUGACCAAGUGAAGUUGCCCAGGUGCUGGGAUGGCGUCUGACGUCUCCGCCAUCUGGAAGUGCAUGCCUGGGGAACCUUGGAUCUUGCAUGUUGGAUCACACUAGCAACACAUCCUGUAGAAUUCUAUCUGUGAUAUUUUAUCUGCACAAUCGGAACGAAUUUCAGGAACCAAAAAGUCUUUUGAGCCAUCUGACCCCAAAACUGCAACUAGACAUUCCAUUUUUGGCAUCUGUAACCUUGGUUUGAGGAGCCAUUUGGCACCUAGAUUAUAUAUGUGAGUUUCUAACAAUGCAUGUGAGAUAUCUUGACCUUUUAUUACACUUGGAAGAAUGGUGUAUUUUUUUUUUAGAGAUUUGUUUGGCAAGACACACUCCUUAGCAAUGUUGUCAAUCUAUAUACAACCAGGUUUUGCUGUGUCAUCUCUCUCUCUCUCUCUAAGAUAUGACACAGUAAAACCUGGUUGCUGUUGGUUGCCCAUCUGCAAAAUCCUUUCAUAAGAACAUAAGAAUGGUCCUGCUGGAUCCAGAAUCCUGUUUUGCACAGUAGAGGCCUAUGAGAAGCUCAUAAACAGGUCAUGAACACAAAGACACUUGCUGUUGACUGACAUGGUUUAAUUAUGACAACACCUGUAAGCUGCUUUGAGUCAUUUCCAUGAAUAAAGUGACUAAUAAAUAACAACAACAUCCUUGUAACUGCUGAUGUGGACAAAUUCUAGCUAUUAGGAGGGGAAAGGAAUUGCGUAAUAUAGGCAAUCUGUUCAGUGGAGAUGUGGACAUACAUGAACUAUUAGGAGGGAAAGGUUAAUGGCGUAAUAUGCAAAACCAGAUCAGUUGCUAUGAGGCAAGUCGACAAUUGGUUUGGUAGAAAGGGAAAGGUUGCCAAGAGUCUUGCGGAAGGAGUAGAGGGGCUGUUUGCUGCAGAGGGCGGGAUUGGGAACACGGUGCGCUGAAGGGGGUCAGUUGGCUGUCCGUGAAGGAGUUGAAUUAAGCAGUGAAGGAGGAAGAAGGGGAAAUAUGGAGAAAGGGAGGUGGGCUGUGACUUCAAGGAGACUGUGAUAGGUUAAUUUAGCAGCAGAGGAGUUGGAGGGAAGGCAAAGAGGGAGGCAUGGGUUGGGGAGAAUAUUCAGAGAAGACUUGGGCCAGAUCUGGCUAUUAUGGGAAGUGAGGGAGACAAGGGUUUGGGAAUUUGAGAACUGGAUGGCAAAUAUUGGUUACAGACAAACUUUGGACUGUAGGUAUCUAGUUUAUUUGGGGUGGGGAGUGGGUAGUCUUCAUUAUUUAUAGGUAAAUGGGAGAUACUGAUACCAAGAUACUGAUAUAAAGCCCAACUAGACAAUCGGCCAAUCCUAAUGGACUGUUUUAUUCCAGGAAAGGGCACUUUUGUUGGUAGGUAAUCUGAGGAAGAAGCAGGGAGAGAGUGAGGUGAUGUUUAUGCAUUCGCUGCCCAUUGUUCCCCUGUUCCAAAUUGUCCCAUCCGCUGCUUCCCUCCCCAUGUUUCCCUUUUCACACACACAAAUAAAUGAGGAAUUGGACACCUUGCAAGGUUGGGUUUCUAGUGAAUGUGUGGCAGGUGUAAUUUGAAGCAUAACCAUGGAUCAAAUCCUCUAUUCCUACUGCUUCUCCUCCAGAUUGACUCAUUCUGGAGUGGCUUUUCCUGAAGCAAAAGGGCGGAAGGAACAUUGGGACUUGAGCUGUGUACGUGCUGCACCUUUAAAGCACAUUUGAAGCACAUUCUUCCCCUCAAAGAAUUCUGGGCACCUCAGUUUACCCCUCACAGAUACCAUUCCCAGCCACUACUGUGCCCAGAAUUCUUUGAGGAGAAAAAUGUGUUUUGAAUGUAUUUUAAAGGUAUAGCGUGUACCUUUAUUGUCCGUUGAACCUUAAUCACUAAAUUAAGGCUCCGUGCCAGUUGUGGUAACAUAGUAGGUUUAUUAAGUUAUUAAGGAAGUUUUCUACAGUUCUCUGGCAAGGCUCUUACUACAGGCCUGCAGGAGGAUUUCUCCUAGUCUGAGGGAGGGCUGGCUUCAAGGGUCAGCAUGGUUGGACACCUGCUGAGAGUUGCUAGGAAAUGCCUAUUCACAGCUACAGUUACCUCACAACUACCUCACAGCAACAGUUAUCAGAGUGGCUUAACAGUCAACCCAGGGAACUCUGGGAAUUUUAGUUCUGUGAAGUGAAUAAGGGUCUCCUAACAAUUCUCAGUACAAACUACAGUUCCCAGGAUUCUUUGGGGGGAAGCCAUGGUGUGAUACAGCUUUAACUGUAUACUGCAGAUGGGGCAAGCAGAAGUGAGGCAGAGCAGCAGCAGUUGGCAUUGAGUGGGCAUUGAGGGUUGUUCAAUCCCCCUAUAGCUGGCACUGGUUGUACUUAACAGGACAAAGCACAGUUUAAUUACAGUUCCUGAACAUAAUGCAGGUUUCCACACGUGCGUGUGUGUAACACAUAUUUAGACCAGGGAUGGGGAACCUGGUGGCCUGGUAAGGAAUGUGCCCCUUAGACUGAAGAAAGGUUCCUCUCACCUGAUUUUAGAACUGAAGUUGUGUUUUGUAAGCUCCACUUUCAGUCUUCAACAGAUUCUGAACAAUCCUUCGCAGCCGAUCACAUAAAUACCUUUUAAAAAACAACGAGCGGCCUGUAAAUAACUUUACAAACCUUUCUGCAUGCCCCAGCAUGCCAGAGGAUUGCUGGAACAUUGGGUCUGGUCAGGUACUUGAUGGGAGGGCUUAAGAAAAAUCUCUUUGAGCAAGUAGCCCUCUUUGAAAGGCUGAGCUUUUCACUUGGCACUCCUCUCCCGUCUGCAUUGCAUAAUUUCAGGAGAAAGCUCAGCACGGUUGCCUUUUAUACGCUGCGGAUGUCUGUAUCUCUAAUAAUUACUCAUCUGUUGGCAUUUUUCUUUCUGGUGGAAAACAUCUGCCAUCUUUGUAAUGCCACUGAGUCAAUUUCAAAGUUGACUCCAAGUGCUAAAUUUGUGAAUGGAAAUGGUAUGGACAUUUUGUGUGUGUUGUGUUUUGCAGGUAUCCUGGAAUUUAUCAGUAUAGCAGUGGGCCUGGUCAGCAUUCGAGGGGUCGACAGUGGACUUUAUCUGGGAAUGAACGAGAAAGGAGAACUAUAUGGCUCGGUAAGUUCCUUGUGGUUUUGAAAAAUCUUGGCCUCUGUUUUCUUUAAACGUGCUGUUAUGGUUACUGUGGUCGUUAAAUGGCUAUCUGCAGAGCCCAGAAGAUCAUGCGCUUGUAAAACAAUGCAUUGUGCAAAUUUCUGGUCAAAGGUACUAGAAUCUAGUUAAGAAGGAUAAAUAAGCUAGAGAUUCAGGAGGUUGCACCUGGGCCCUCUUUGGGCCAGUCAGCACUGGGAGCAGGCACAAACGUCAAGGUGGCCAUGAAGGUCGCCAUAUGCUCAAAUUGUUGUCGCCAACCAGAUAUCAGCCUUUCCUUUUCUGUCAGUGACUUGGCCUUCUCCAUCUCAUGUUCCAUUGAUCUAUUGCUGGCCAGUAUCUUUUGCUCAGAAAGGGUUGUGUCCUAAUUCAGUGGCAUCAUUGGAACUGAUGGCACUGGGAUAAAAACAUAAAAUAAAUGCAGAGGAUAAAGCCUAGCUUUGUGAGAAUUUGUGUGGGGUGUAAAAUAGUGGUUCAGGGUGGAGGGGAGAUGGGAAAUACACAGUACUGAUGGAUACAAUUUGUGUUAUAUACAGGGCUUCUUUUGGUAAAAAAAUAAUAAUAAAUGAGGUGCCGGUAUUCUUGAUAAAAGUGCCGCGGGUGCCAUCACAAAAUGGCUGCCAUGGGCAACAAAAAGAGGUGUUGGUACUCAGUUCCAGUGAGUACUGUCACGAAAGAAGCACAGGUUAUAUAUCACAAAUGGUUAAAAAUGAAGGACAGAACAAGUAGGGUCUGUCGUUUACGGUGGAAUAAAAGAAAGUGAAAGUUAUAAUACAUUAAACAAGAGCAAGAAGAUUCAGUUAUGUACCUAUUGCACCAGAGAAAGUUGUAUUACAAUGCGAUGAUAUCCAGAUCUACAGUAUACAGUAACCUGCUGACAGGAGUAGAAAGUUUUAAAAAAAAGGCUGUAUGUAAUUUUAUUAGUCAAAGAAACCAUCAACACUACCUUAAUUAAACCCUAAUUAAACCUUUAAUAAUUUUUAAAACUAAAAAGCAGAUAUUUAAGUGUUCUACAAAGGAAGGCACGAAACUGCCUUUUUAUACUAACAAAAUAGAUUUGAAAAGUCGUUAAUUUUGUAUAUGAGCUGGCAUUCAUCCUUCCUGUGUUAAUUUUUGCAAUUGAUGCUUCUGAGAGCUUUAAUGUCAUACUGAACUACAGAAGCUUUCUUUUAUAUAAACUGAAAAUUUAACGUACAAGGAGCUAAUGAAGUACUCGGCAGCUUUAUGUCUGGGGCAUAAGCUGUGCUUUUGUGCAAUUCCCACUUCCGCUGGCGGGGCUUGCGUAGGAGAAAUUCCUGGUGGAUUGAACCCCUAGGCUAGCGGAGUUGGCUUUAAAAACUGUACACAGAAGAUGGGUCUUGCCGUCAGACUGCAACGUGAUGAAAAGUGGCUGUGAUCUAAUUCCAUUAGUUCCAAUGAAACAUAGCAUCUAAUAUUCAUGAUCCUUUAGGGCCUUGUUGACACUGGCAAAAUUAGUACCCAUAUUUCAGCAGCUGCCAACAGUAGCGCAAAUACUGUUGUGGCCUGGAACCAUUUCAUUUCCCCCUAUCCUUCUGGGUCUUGAGGCAUGUGCCAACAAAUAAGUGCUCAGGAUAUUGGUUUGUGCCAACCAGUGCGCUGGUGCAGCCUUGAGGAGCUUGUGCAAAGAUGGCAUUGCACGAUGCCAAAAGCUAAAGAAUUGUUACUGGCUGCUGACACUGCAGUACUAAUGUUUGCUAAGUGAUAGGCAUUCCUCUUUUUUUCAGCUUUUGGGGGCGGGGUGUUGUUGUUUUUUGCUGCAUUAUAAACCACACACGCUGUAGGCAAUUUCCAGAGGCAUUGCCAGGUUAGAAUUCAAAGUGCCAACAGACUCUGUUGCUGCAACAGAGUAACCUCUUUCAAAGUUGUCAGUCAUGUAUGUCAAGGGUAGCCAAAAUGGUGCCUUCCAGGUUUUGUUGGACUACAACUCCCAUCAGCCCCAGCAAAUAUGGCAUAAUGGUCAGAGUUGGUGGGAGUUGAAGCCCAAGAGCAUCUUGAGAACAAGUGUUGGCUACCCCUCAUAUAUAUCAUCUAUAGAGAAAUCUAAAUACAGAGGUUGUUUCUUUGUUCAUUAAAUUUGUAUAUGCCCUUCAUCCGUAGCUCUAAGGGCGACUUACAACAUAAAAUUACAAUGUAGAAAACACAAAAUACAUAAUAAAAAUAAAAUAAAAGGCAACCCAAUGAACCCACCCAACACAUUUUAAAAUGGCAUAGGGCAUUAAUCAGCCAAAGGCCUGGAUAAAGAGGAACGUUAUGUGCAUAAUGAAGGUGCCAGGUGAGCUUCCCUGGGGAGAGCAUUCCACAAACAGGGAGCUACUGCGGAAAAGGCCUGUUCUUGUGUUACCACCCUCUGGACCUCUCGUGGAGGAGGCACAUGAAGAAGGGCCUCAGAGGAUGAUCUCAGGGUCCAUGUUGUCCUUGUUACUGUUAUUAAUAAUAACAGUACCAGGCUAGAAGGGGCCCUAGGCUACAGUAUCAGGUUCCAGGUUUGAUGUGGGCCUGGGAGAGAUGCCUUCAUGAAUCAUUCAGUGUUGCAACAUGGUAUAGACACAUCCCUGGUGAUGUGAUCCGACUUGGCUCCCCCUCCCCACUGCCCUGACAGGCUGACUGGGCAGUGGCAGGAGCAGGGAUCCUAAUGGUCAGGGGCGGACUGUCCAACAGCUCAGGCUGCCCAAUGGCAGGAUGUCCCAGCUGUGGCAUCAGCGGGAGUUCUGGGCUCAGUUGGCUGGAGUUGUGGGUGCUGCCUUUCUAAUUAUGCUAGUGGGUUUACACUCAAUGUAUGUACUGGGUUGUGGAGAAGUCUAGUUGCACCAGGAAGUGAUCUGACCAUGGCACUUGUUUUGUUUCACUGGAACUUAGUGUCAGAUCACCCACAUCCACAGAGGUAAACACCAGAUCUAAGACAUGUCCACGACUAUGAGUAGGGCCAGAUUUAUACAGGGACAGUACCAUCUGUGUACAGGGCACUUCACAGAGUAACACAAGCCAAGCAAAAGUACCUGUGUUGACCAUAAGAAAAAUUCAAGUAUCCACACUAGGGCAAUUCUUUUAUCCCACUAAAUGUUGGACAUGCCAAAAAGAAAAUAGGUGAUUUCCCCUACCCUUAUGUGGUGGGAAUGUGAUUGUCAGAAAAUAUUGGAAGAAACCAGUUAAAAAGGUUUUAAGUUAUGGAAAUCAUCUUCAACCACUAUUCAUUUUAUUUAAUUAUGUGGAAAGCUUGGUGGUAUUAGAACAUAAAUAAUUAGUUUCUUAUAUGUUAACUGCAUAUGUGAGGACUUUGCUCGCUAAGACAUGGAGGUCAGUGAACAUCCAUUAAAGAAUGGAUGAAGAAACUUUGGGAGAUUGCUGCUGUCACCAGAUUAAUCCACUACCUGAGAUUUAGAAAACAACAAAGUUAUUAUAGCUUUCAGACACAAUGAAAGGACCUUGCAUCAGUUAAUAUUGCACUUAGAAUGAUCCAAAUAGUGUUAGAUUAAAUUAGUAACGUUCUGUUUUCAGAAGGACAAUAUUGUUCCUUCAUAAAUGAUAGCAUGUUGUACUCUUUUUAAACUGAAAUAUGAUGGAUUACAUAAUGGAUUAUAAAUGUUGAUAUGUUUUAUUGGAAAAACAAAUUCUUGGAAUAUGCAAUCUUUUAUUAGGCCAACUGAAAUGUUACAGAAUAUUGUGCAAGACUUCAUGUUCUCUGGAACUCUGCAUUAGGGUAGAUGGUAAACAGGGGGUGAGGGAGGGGAAAAAAUUGGCUGAGGUUGGAGCCAUGGAUGGAGUCUCUAUUUAGCCAUGGUCUUAAGAUGGGUUGUGGGAAGAUGUAGUAGACAUUCAAGCAAUGAUGGGUCUUUGUCCCAAGGAGCUUAUGAUGUAAAUUCCAAUCAUGGAGGGAUACAGCUGAGAGAGAAGAGUCAAGGGAAAGGCAUGGUUAAUAAGGGAGAAGUGUGAGCAGUUGUGUGCUUAGUUUUUGGAAGGAAAUUACCCACUGGUACCAAAGCAAAAGGGGACGCGGGUGGCGCUGUGGGUUAAACCACAGAGCCUAGCGCUUGCCGAUCAGAAGGUUGGCGGUUCAAAUCCCUGCGACGGGGUGAGCUCCCGUUGCUCGGUCCCUGCUCCUGCCAACCUAGCAGUUCGAAAGCAUGUUAAAGUGCAAGUAGAUAAAUAGGUACCGCUCUGGCGGGAAGGUAAACGGCAUUUCCGUGCACUGCUCUGGUUCGCCAGAAGCGGCUUAGUCAUGCUGGCCACAUGACCCAGAAGCUGUACGCCAGUUCCCUCGGCCAAUAGAGCAAGAUGAGCGCCGCAACCCCAGAGUCAGCCAUGACUGGACCUAAUGGUCAGGGGUCCCUUUACCUUUACCUUGCCAAAGCAAAUGCUACACUAGAAGAAGUUGUUGGUUGGCAUCUGUCUGUCUUGGGAGGCAGUCAAACCAUUGGAAAGUUACUGCGCGUGCUGUGGCUGUAGAGACCAAUGUGGGAGAGACAAGUUUUGUUGCAGUUGGGGCAGACAAAGGGAUCCGGUUAUGCUGAUGCAGAUGCGCCAUGGUGUUUCUUCUCUCUUCGCUCCUCCCAGUGGUCAUCCCUUCUCUGGUCACUGCUGUGGAUACACAGCCUGACUGAUUGUCUCCAGGCACUGUGAUUGUCUGCAAGGGAUUCUCACACAGCGGAGUUAAUGAUGCCAGCCUUUAUGUGAUGUUUGCAGACAUCUUUGUAACUCAGCGUUGAUCUGCCAAUGGGUUCCUGGAGCCAGCUCCCUGUAGAGCCCCUCCUUGGGGAUCCUGCCAUCUUCCAUUCUGUGGACAUGACCAAGCCAGCGUAGACUGUCACUGAGACAGGAGUGCGAACAUGCUCAAAAUCUUCCUGAUACAGGAUGUGUGCAAGGGGUUGAGGCAUCGCUUCUGGUGGGUGUAAGUUGCCCACAUCUCACUACCAUAAAGCAGUGUGCGCAGGUGACAUGACCCACCUCUCGGCCUCACUGAUGUGGUUCAAAGCAAAGGAAAGCAUUUGGCACCAGCUUGGCUGCAGGUGUUGUCGGAAGGAAGUAUACAAGAUGCCUUCCAACCGCCUUAGGGACUCCACUCCCGAUUAGCCUAGGGUUAACUCCUUAGCUUUUCCUUUUCCAGAAGAUGUCGUACAAGGCAGCAAGGACAGAUUGGUGCCCAGGAUUUGCUUCCAAAGCCUUUCUCACAAGUGAGUUUAUCUGCAAGGCAGUGGAGGUUUAGGAUCAGAGUUUCAUUCUCCUAGAUGGGCUUCCUUCCCAGGUUGACAAGCCCCAUCUGCCCUUCAUUUCCCUCAACAGUACAUGCAGAAACUGGACCACUGGAUGUAAUAUUAGUCUUGUCCACCAGAGCCUGUUUUGGCAUCUACUCAGAGCUGUAGCAGGUAAGGAAAGGGCUGAAUUCGUCACACAUGCCUGCUCUGAUCCUCUUAAUUGUCAGGCAUGCCCUACCCAAGGCGGUUGCAAUUUGCAUUUCUUUACCCUCUCUCCCUGCAAAGAUGUGUUUAACAAUACAUCUCUUUCAGCCAUAAGGCCUCCUUAAUUUUUGAAGCUGGAGCUUGCAGGCUGGAGUAUGAUAGGCGGGUGAUUAUUAGGUGCCUAAUACUUACACCUGACUUGGUCAAUUUAGGGGCUUCAUAGGGUUUGCCACCCACAGAGGUUGAUAUUACACAGUUCUACUCCCUUUUGCCCAGGAUGAAGCUUCUGGGACCCAACUAAAAAGAAUCUUAGGUGCUGUUUUCAGGGUCACAGGAUUCCCAGCUCAACUCUUGCAUACUUUGACAGGACAGAAGGGCUAAGCUAGGAGUAGCCAAUAUGGUGCCUUCUAGAUGCUGUUGGACUACAAUUCCCAUCUCCUGUGUCCCAUGGUCAAGGGUGAUGGGAAUUGUAGUCCAUCAACAUUUGGGAGGCACCACAUUGGCUACCUUUGAGCUAAGUCAAAAGAUUAACAAAAUUUUUUGAUUAGUGAUUUGUCAUUGAUUCUUAUUGCACCUCUGCUUGAGUUCUAUGUAUUUGUAGGAACCAAGAAAAAUAAAACCUGGAGUAUUUGUGAGGCAACCUUUGCAUUUUGUGUGCAGUCCAUUUUAUGUGUUCGGGUCAUGUUGAUUCUUCUUGGUAUAAUGCAUAUUUUGCAAUGUGAUCCCUCUUCCCUAAAGAAUUUGUGUCAGACCACAGAAUAGUGACCUUGAAUCUAACACAAUGUGGUGCAUGAAGCAAGGUAUAAUAUGAUCAAUAAAUGAAUAUUAUUAUGAGAAGGAAUAGUGUCUGGAAAACUCUUCGGCUUUAGUAGGCUACAGUGUGAAAAUAGAUAGGAAGGAAGGAAAUGAUAACCUUGUAGAUAACUACUGGCUAAAUAAUUUAUGUUCUUAAAGGAGAUAAAAUGGUAUCCUUGUAUUAGGGAUGGGUAAAUCUUGCCAAUUUUGACUUUUCUCUAUUUCCAGUCUUUAAGAUCAGUUCAUUCCUUAUUUUUAUUUUUUUAAAAAGCCUGCAGGAAAAUUCAAAUGAUUCUCCUAAUAUAUGCAAUUUUGCCCAAUUUAAGCAUUUUUGCAAGCAAUGUACCCUAAUAUAAUUUAUUUUUGUAUGUUAUUUUGUCUGUUCUGCAUACCUGCCCAAUAUAUGCUUUGUUUUGGUGCACAGGUGGGGUUUUUUUUAGUAAUUUGCCUUGCAAGACUAGGAAGAGGGCAAAGUUUGAAGGAUAGUUCCAUUCCAGUUUGCUGUUACUUUGAAAGUAGAUAUUAAAAUGCAAAUAAAAUGGUCUCCCAGCCCUACCUUGUAUAUUACAUGAGAUAGCAAUGUUCUGGGGUUUGAAGCUGGCUUGUUUCCCUACAAUCUGGGUGAGGCUAAUAACUGUUUGUCCAGGUUUUAAGGCAUAACUGCAGUUAGUUAAAAAGGGAAGCGAAAACUUCUGAUUUGCUUCUGGUUGCCUUAGAGGAGAGGGGAGCUCAUGAGGCUCAUUUGCAUAGUGGGGUAGUCAAUAUGGCACCUUCCAGAUGUUGUUGGACUCAAAUCCCAUCAGCCUCAGCCAACAAGGCUUAUAGUCAGGACUGAUGAGAGUUGUAGUCAAACCACAUCUGGAUGUAACUGCAUUGAUUAUCCCUAAGUGAAACCACCUCUUAGGAUUAUGUCUGAAUGAGACCUUUUUGUGCCUGGGUGAAUGUUGUGGAGGACAGGAUACAAAGCCGAAGCAGGAUACAAACUACAGUUGAGAAGUAUGAAAACUUGUCUUUACACCACUUUUGAAUAAUAUAGCCUUGGGUGUGUUUUUCAUUGAUCACUUUAUACCUACCGUGAGCCUGUAAAAUCUGAGAGAGAGCACCCAGAAUAGACAUGCAAUGUGGGGAGAGGUCGUUAACAGUCUUGUCCUUUGCAUUUUUACUCAAAAAUAACUCUGACUGUAUCCAAUGGGUCUUAAUUGCAAACGUGUGUAGGUUUUCAACCUGAGGCUGAAAACAAGGACUUGCUGCUUAGGUGAUUAUUUUAGGGUUGGAUAUUGUGAUGUGUUUUGUUGGAGCAUCCUUUUUUUGUUUGCUGUUUACUUUGAGAAAAAGAGAGGUCUGUCCUACUGAAUCACUAGCCCCAAGUUGCCUUUGGAAGGCUUUGUACCAUGUGCUCAACAGGUUUCACUUGUUUAGUUUAUUAUGAAAUGUCAAGAUCACAGCACACAGUGGCAUAACACAGAAGUGAUGACAAGGUCUUGCCAGUAUUGGCUCUGUUACAAGCAUCUUAUAACUCUGCCUUUUAGGGCUUCAGCAGGUAUCACAAUAGCUUAAAACUUUCCCUGCUAAAUAACUCAGUGUUUGUUUACAUAGUGCAUUGGAGAUAACAUGGUCUGGGGGUGGAUUAUCCUUUUGACUUAAGGUCUAUUGGGGUUUCUUGCAAUGUCUGAGGACCAGAUGCCAUGCUAGCGAGUCAAAUAAAUGAGCAAGAGGCUCGUUUUAUUUACCAGAUUUUGACCAGUUUUACUUGCUAAUUUCUGUAUACCAGCGUUUCCCAAAUUUUAGUCUCCAGCCGUUUUUGGACUACAAUUCCCAUCAUCCCUGACCGCUGGUCCUACUGAAUAUACAUAUUUUUACAAAAGGAUUUCCCCAACUAAAAUGCAAAUGCGUAUGUUAUUUUCACUAAUCUAUGCAUUCUUAUGCACACUUUACCCUAGUAUAUGCAUAUUUGCACAUGUCUCGUGGCUGUACAACUGCAUUGCAAAAAUCAGAGAAGUAUGAAUUUCAAAACACGGCUGUGUUUUGGCUCAUGUAUUGUUUCGGAAAGUACAGAUUAGAAUCAAAUGCAAGCUGAAUCAAAUUUCUCCCUCAUCCCUAGAUGUGAAAGGUUUUUAUAUAGCAUCCUUGAACUCUGGACAUCUUGAUUUCCACAGUGAACUCUUAAGAUGGUCUUAUUCAGGUUAUUGUUUUUGUCUAUCUGCUUCCAAAGGGUAAGCGAGGGAGUGCUAAUGAUCUACUUGAGUCAAUUGUGAGGAUGCUUGAGCCAAGAGUUGUAAACAUAAAAGUGGUAAUGACACCUGGAAACAUGCAAAGUAAGCUGGACAUCUCUUAAGUCCGUAUGUAUAGAUCUCUCUCCCUCUCUACAUAACCUUGUUUUUAAUGUUUGUUUUAUUUUUUUGUAAAUCACUUUGAGGUUCUGUUUACAAUCAAGCACUAUAUAAAUUUUGUAAAAUGAAUAAAAUAAGCCCAGUUGACAACUAUUGGAUUUAGGACCACAAGUAAAGCACAAGUCUUGAUGAUUUUAUUGUGACUUAGGUGUGCUGACUUUUCCUUGAAUAUAUCCCUGCAGAGGCUCUUCACAUAUGCAUAAUCAGGUCAAACUGGGGAUUCCAAUAUCUCCCAUAAAUCAGGAUUAUAAUCUUUGGAGCCUUUUGGAGGCAUGUAUACAUAUUAAUUGCAGAGCCUUUGAGCAGGUCAAGCAAAUGGUCUGAAGACGAGUUAGCAUCAGUUGGCUGAGCCCUUACUAGUGGGUACACCAAAAGCAAAGCCACCUCUCCUUGCUUUCUUGUGGUCCUUCCUCGGGGGGCACAGAGCACAUACUAAAACCCUGAACCUCAGUACUUUGGGACCAGGUCUCUUGCAAGCCAAAAAGCUGAAAUUGGGACAGAUGCUCCCCAAAGCCCAAAUUCUGUGACUUAUGCAAUAUCUCUGGUGUAUUCAUAGGCAGAGCAGUCUGCAGAAGUUGGGGGUGGGGGAGAGAAUCGAACGGCCAAAUCCAAAGCCCUGGUAGCUCAUGACAGCAGUUCAAAUAGCGUGUGUGUAGGUUGCUUAUUUUUCUGUGGGCGGGCUUUGCUCCUGGUCAGCUUUCUAAAACAAGGAUUUCCCCUCCCACUGAUCCCAAUGAAAGGGGAAUUAAGUAUGCCAGUUGGGGGCAUGUCAGAGGAAUAGGAGGGCUAUUUAUCCAGUGAAUCCAAAAUUCCCCAUGAUCUGCCCCCAGAAUGCCUCCUUUUUGCCCUCUCUGCCCCAGGGCCUUUGAUGGCAAAGGAGGGGGCAAACCAGGGAGAUUUCUGCAGCUGUGAGGAAGAUGGCGUCAUGGACAGAUCUCCUGUGCUCAUGGGUCUCCCUCUAUCUCUUUCAGAAAGAGGGACCAUGCUAUCUUAUGGCCUCUUGGAUGCCUUCCUAAGGACCACAGGAUUACAGACUUACAUUAUAUUCAAUAAAUAUUGGGUUUUUGCUGAAGCGCCUGUUCCCCGUUUUUAUUUGAGGGGGGGAAAAUAUUAUGGAAGUAAUUUUAGCCAUUUUAAUAAGGCAUAACAGGGUUGAGUAAAAACAAGUCUCUUUCCCCCUUCCCCUCCUUCCUUCCUUUACAGCCUUACAAAAAUAGUAAAGUAACUCCACAAAUACGUUUGCGAUUCAAAGCUUGAGUGCUGGAUAUUUUUGCUCUCAGGAAAGGUCCACAUGACAUCAAGCAAAGAUGGCUGCCUGUUAUCUGACCUCCUCACUCAUCAGAUCAGUUGAAAUUUUAAUAAAUAUGUAAUUAUCUAUUAAGUAUUUGACAUAAAGUGUCAUCAAAAUUGAAAUUAACUGUGUGGAUGAAGCCGUAACCAAUUACAAAUGGAUUCCUGUGUGGGAGAUGCAUGCAGCAAUUGUCCAGUGUUUGUGGGCUUAGAUGUACUUUAUUUGAAAGGUAAAACAGUUGCUUUCAGCCUAUUUUUGAGGCAAAGCUGUAGGGAAGGAUUUUUUUUAUUUAAAAAAAAUUCUGGAAAUGUCUGUUAAAGUAAAUCAUGCAUCAAAUAAACUCCUCUGUAACUUAUAUUAAGUAUUAGGUUAACAAUGUAAGUGUUCUUCUAAAGUGACCUCAGACUGGGUAGGGUGGGGCAAAAAGGAAGGGAAAAUUGUGAAGGCCAACAGAAUAGCAGAGCUAAAAACAUUGUAUUUUAUAUAAAGGAUCAUUGGCAGCCAGAAAGUUGACAUGGUCUUCCUUGAUAUUUGGGGCAUUUUUCUGAAAUGACUAGAAUAAAAUCAUGCUGUGGAUCUUGAGUUAAAUUUGAGUUAAAUGUUCCCACCAUCCCCAGCCAAUAUGUCUAGUGGUCAAGGAAGAUGGGAAUUGGAAUGCAUCACUCAAAGGGGAAACAAGAACAGACCCUGCACAGUGUGGUGUAGAGCUUUGUACUGUACUAGGACUUGUGAGACCAGGGUCCAAAUCCUCAGUCGGCCAUGAAGCUCAUUGUGUGACCUUGGGCCAGCCACUGCCUCUCAGCCUGACCUACCUAACAGGCUUGGUGUGGGGAUUAAAGGAGGAGGGGGAGAACCAUGUACAGUGGUGCCUCGCAAGAUGAAAUUAAUCCGUUCCGCGAGUCUCUUCGUCUUGCGGUUUUUUCGUCUUGCGAAGCACGGCUAUUAGCGGCUUAGCGGCUAUUAGCGGCUUAGCGGCUAUUAACGGCUUAGCGGCUUUAAGAAAAAGGAAACAAACUCGCAAGAACUCGCAAGACGAAGCAAGCCCAUAGGGAAAUUCGUCUUGCGGAACGACUCAAAAAACGCAAAACCCUUUCGUCUAGCGAGUUUUUCGUCUUGCGAGGCAUUCGUCUUGCGAGGCACCACUGUACACCCCCUUGAGCUCCUUGGCAAAGGAGAUGGGAUUUAAAUGCAAUAAAUAAUUGGUUUUUUUAGGGGGGUAGUGUAUAAAAAACAAGUGCUGAGUUAGAAAGAACAUAAACAGCUGUCAUUUAUUUCUGGGUGGACAGGUUACUCACACAGUUACUGCUUCACAGGGUUUUAAGGCGAGGAUACUGUACAAUGGGGAGGGAGAGAACCAUAUACACUACCUUGUGAGCUCCUGGAAGGAAAGGUGGGGUACAAAUGUGUGUGUGUGUGUGUGUGUGUGUGUGUGUGUGUGAUAAUUUAUAUGCAUCAAUGCAAGCAUAGAGAUAAUUACUAUUAUUUAAACAGAAAUACAUAUCUUCUUCCUCUUCUUUGGCAAUCACUCGUAGCCGAGCAAGAUUGUCUUCCAUAAACAAUGUUUUAACAGUGGGUCUGUAAGUGACUGUGGAGGCCAAUUCUGGAUCCACACGUCCUUCCCCAGUAGGGACAUAGGUUUCUGGGAAUUGAUCACGGUGAGGGUUUGCCAAGCGCGCCUUCCUCUUAGCACGUUUCUUCCUUGUGUCCUGAGUUUGAGCGUCUUCAAAGCCCAAGUCAUCUUUGAUAAAGGCUGUUCUCCAACUGGAGCGCUCGCAAGCCAGUGUUUCCCAGUUGUCAGUGUUUAUCCUACAUUUUUAAAGAUUUGCCUCCAGAGAGUCUUUAAACCUCUUUUAUUGACCACCAGCAUUAAGCUUUCCAUUUUUAAGUUCGGAAUAGAGUAGUUGCUUUGGAAGAUGAUAAUCAGGCAUCCGCACAACAUGACCAGUCCAACAAAGUUGAUGUUGAAGAAUCAUAGCUUCAACACUGGUGAUCUUUGCUUCUUCCAGUACACUGAUAUUGGUCUGCCUUGUCUUCCCAAGGAUACAUCUCACCAUAUUGGGAGAGACUGUGACCAUGUGAGCUGUGUCUGACCUGCUCAGUCUGCUCUCCAGGUGUUAACUGUGGAUGAGCCACUUCAAGGCCCUUCUUACACUCCCUUCUUAUGACUCUUUAACUAUUUUAAAAAUAGACUUGGACUGAACAGACUUUGAAACAGAAGAUGCUUUCACACAGAGGGCUGCCCUCUUGUAGCCCUUUAGAGGAGGACCCAUGGUCACUCUUUCGGUGGCACAGUUAAGUUGUAAUAUGUCUACUCAAAUUCCUGGUUGGCUCAUGUGUAUUGAAUGGGGCUGAGCAAAAUGAGCUUGGGAUUUUUUGGUUGAUGUCUGGAUGAUUUGCAGUAGAUUGGCAAGGGUCCAAUUACAUCUGCAGAGCACCCUGUUGGCAAGGCUGUCCUAGGAGAUAUCCCCCAAAAGAUAGCUAGUGGUGACAUACCUGUGGUAAUAAUCCCCCCUCCCCCGAUUCAAAACCAUUUGAAAGAAGUACCUCCUAAUGAAAGGUCUCCAAACGAAGAAGGAGACACUGAUUAUUUAUAUAUGGAAUCAAUUUACUCUUUUAAUUAUGUAGUUGGAACUAAAUCAGCAACUAUUUUACUGGAAGUGCAUUUUAUAAUACGGAGCCUGAGGAGUAAAGUAAAUUGCAAACUUUUGCAUGUUUGGAAUUGUUGCAUUUCUCUUCGUACCUUUUAAAAUUAUUUGCUCCAUAGGGUUUACAAAUUUUACAUCCAAAGUAUUCCAUGUGAUAUCAUCCUUCCCUUCAGUUUACUAACGCAUGGCAACAUUAUAAUGAGGAAGACUGAAGGUUUCGAUGUUGUAAUUGCUGUUUUGUUCUAGCUGUGAAAAUUCAAAAAUGGAAAAGGGUUUGUAGUAGGUUGAACACAAUCGUAAUUGAUUUAAAGCUUCUAGAAUAGCCCUUUUUGCAAGCUUGCUCCCUCCCCCCGAUGAUUUUGGACCACCCCUCCCACCACUCCUGACCAUUAUGGGGUUGGGGUUGUUGUUAUGGUGGUGGUGGUAUAACAACAUCUACGGGUCUAAAGUUGGGAGCAGCAGUUAUGGAGAAAAAGAGAACUGUUCUUAAGAGAUGUAUCUUGGUUUCAAAUUAACCUUAUAUGGGUAUUUAUGAUUCAGGAAAGCAAAGAAAGACAUUUAAGAGGAUCUCUCUUUUUAAAACCUGAGAAGUUCAGCAGCGCACAUCAUAUGAUGCUUGCAGCUAGCAGAAAAAACUUCAUUUGAAUGGGUUUUACGCCUUCCCUCCCAACACACAGAGCCCAGCAUCCACCGACUUCUUCUCAGCAUCUGCUUUUGCAAUUGAAAGAAUAUAAAGUAAUUUUUAAAAUUGCUCCAAGAAAUGUGUAGACUGCAAGAGCUGUAUUUACAGACUAUUCAACAAAUAUAAAGAAGACAUUGAUUACAAAGCUGCCGGCAUUCUUCUCUCUCAAUAAGAUAUGGGAGGCUGUUAGAACACAUUCAGCUUCUACCUAUUGUUGUGUCAGCUUCUGUGGGCAAAUCCUCUGGUACUGCUGUCUUCAGAUUUUAGGUUGGAACCAAUGUAAUGGUGGUCAUGGGUAAAGAACAUUUCAUCACACCACCACCCCCGAGCCACCUAUGCAUUUGGGUUUUUUUUAUAGCUUUUAAUACCCAGCCCUUUGUGGAAACACACAGGGUUGCAUAUGACAAUGGAUACAUUAAUUACUAUUAAUGAGUCUGCAGUGGAAGACAGGAGUGCCUGGCGUGCUCUGGUCCAUGGGGUCACGAAGAGUUGGACACGACUAAACGACUAAACAACAACAACAACAACAAAAUUGUUAUUUUUAUUAAUAUUAAAAUUGCUUUAUUUAAAUUUUCCAUUUCAGUUCUUUGAGGAAGCAAAGGUGGAUUAUAUUUGUGCGGGUGGUGAGGAAGGGGGGAUUGGAGGAGGAAUAUUUUUAGAUGUCUUAUUUGCUAAAUGAAAAAAGCUCAGCACUAAUCCAUUAAUGAGCACAACAGUGACUAAAAAUAAAAAGAGAGAGGACACAACAGAUUACGAUGCAGAAUUUAAAACAGCAAUAACAUUUUUUUAAAAAAUCAACUGUACCAGUAUAUUUAAGUACAUAGUACAAAAAACAGAUAAAAAUGUAAUAAAAAUGUCUUCAUCUGCAGCCAAAAAAGACCUAAAGAUUGGCUCUAGAUGAAGCUCUCUGGGGAGUUUCACAGAUGAGGUGCCAUCACUGAAAAGGCCCUCUCUCUGGUUGCUGUCAGCCUUGUCUCAUGAGAUUGGGGCCCCUAAAAAAGAGAUUCUGAAGUAGUGUUUGAAAAGGGACAAAAUAAUAAUAAUUAUUAUAACUUUAUUAUUUAUAUGCCGCCCAUCUGACUGGGUUGUCCCAGCCACUCUGGGCGACUUCCAGCAAAAUAUAAAAAGCACAAUAAAACUUCAAACGUUAAAAACUUUCCAAUACAGGAAGUUGGAUGUUCGAAUUUCCGAUUAGACCAGACUCCACUUAGUUUCUGAUCUGUUCACAGGCUUUUUUGAUUCCAUAAUAUAUUUGUUAGCAAGCUUGACUUUGUACAUUCAUACUUUCAAAUAAUUACAGACAGUUAUCAGUAGUUACUACGAAAAGAGCGGAUUUUCUAGAAGUGAACUCAAAACCAUCUAGCUUGAACUGGAGUAGAAUGCCAUACCAUUUCUUAUUGAAUGAAUGUUUUAUUUUGCGCUCUGAUGCUAGCAAUCAAAUCAACACAGGACAACCCCUUUUCAGACAACAGUAUCCUUUUUUUAAAAUUUCUGCCUGUGACUCUCAAAUUUACAUGGACAGUUAUUUUCUAAACCAGUCCCUCAGUGUACAGCAGGGUCAGGGGACCAGAUGUCGUUGGCCUGUUAGCCCUAUCAUCUCUGGCCAUUGGCCAUGUUGACCAUUGGCCAACAACAUCUGGAGGACCAGAGGUUCCCCAUUCAUGGUGCAGAGCCAGAAAGUUAGCCGGAGAUAGAGAUACUACCGAAGAAUAAUCAAAUGUAAUUUGAAAGCAGUAUGGGGAAGAGAAGGGGACGCGGGUGGCGCUGUGGGUAAAACCUCAGUGCCUAGGACUUGCUGAUCGUAUGGUCGGCGGUUCGAAUCCCCGCGGCGGGGUGAGCUCCCGUCUUUUGGUCCCAGCUCCUGCCCACCUAGCAGUUCGAAAGCACCCCUAAGUGCAAGUAGAUAAAUAGGUACCGCUUUCUAGCGGGAAGGUAAACGGCGUUUCCGUGUGCUGCGCUGGUGCAGGCUUGCCAGAACAGCUUCGUCACGCUGGCCACGUGACCCGGAAGUGUCUUCGGACAGCGCUGGCCCCCGGCCUCUUAAGCGAGAUGGGCGCGCAACCCCAGAGUCGGUCACGACUGGCCCGUACGGGCAGGGGUACCUUUACCUUUACUAUGGGGAAGAGAAACGAGAGGAAUGAGACUGCCCCCACAUAGUGACUGGGAGUGGAUGCCGAGACCAUAUAACACCAGUCCUGAAAGACCUACAUUGGCUCCCUGUACGUUUCCGAGCACAAUUCAAAGUGUUGGUGCUGACCUUUCAAGCCCUAAACGGCCUUGGCCCAGUAUACCUGAAGGAGCGUCUCCACCCCCAUCAUUCAGCCUGGACACUGAGGUCUAGCUCAAAGGGCCUUCUGCGAGAAGUAAGGUUACAGGGGACAAGGCAGAGGGUCUUCCUGGUAGUGGCGCCCGCCCUGUGGAACGUCUUCCCAUCAGAUGUCAAGGAAAUAAACAACUAUCUUACUUUUCAAAGACAUCUGAAGUCAGCCCUGUUUAGGGAACUUUUUAAUGUUUGAUUGUUUUUUCUUCUUUUUUAUACUUUAUUGAAUUGCAGUAACAAAAACCAAACAAUAUCACAAGAAAAAAGGAAAAUAGCAAAUUACAAAAAGGAGAAUGAAAAGAACACACACAAAAUACACAGAACCUUGACUUCCCUCCACCCAUGUUUGACCUCCUUCCCUUAAUCUUCUUUCAUUUUUUGUGUUAUUAGUAUUACUUUGUUUUUAUUCCACUUCUAUCCAUUUCCUCAAUAUUUCUACCCUGUAAACUUCAGGCCAGAAACUAAGUGGAGUCUGGUAUAAUUGGAAAUUGGAACAUCCAACUUCCUGUAUUGGGAAGUUUUUAAUGUUUGAUUGUUUUAUUGUGGUUUUAAUAUUCUGUUGGGAGCUGCCCAGAGUGGCUGGGAAAACCUGGCCAGAUGGGCGAGGUAUAAAUGAUACAUUAUUAUUAUUAUUAUUAUUAUUAUUAUUAUUAUUCCCAAAUCGCAACCCCUGGUUUUUCAAGAUGGCAUUUGGUAAUAAGUAAUUAAAUAUGUUGCUAAUUCCUUAAUGUUUCUCUCUCUCUCUCCCUCCCUCCCUGUUUCUGUUCACAGGAAAAGCUAACCCAGGAGUGUGUAUUCAGAGAACAGUUUGAAGAGAACUGGUAUAACACAUAUUCAUCAAAUCUAUAUAAGCAUGUGGACACUGGAAGACGAUAUUACGUUGCAUUAAAUAAAGACGGGUCUCCGAGAGAAGCGACUAGGACUAAGCGCCAUCAAAAAUUCACACAUUUUUUACCUAGACCGGUGGAUCCAGAGAAAGUCCCUGAACUAUAUAAGGAUAUUUUAAGCCAAAGUUGA